AUGAACGAACGCUCCAAAAAAAUCAGCAUCGUGUCGGUUUGCUUCGUCAUCCUCGUCGCCAUGAUGGUCGCCCUAACCGUCGGCAUCCGUGCCGGUGACGAGGACGACAUCCCGGACUUGUCGUCAUCCCAAAAGCCCGUUUCACGCAUUUGCUCGACCACCGACUACAAACGCUCGUGCGAAGACGCCCUCGUCUCAUCCAACUCCACCAACCCCAAGGUCCUAAUCUCGACCGCCUUCCGAGCCGCCAUCCGCCACGUCAUCAAGGCCAUCGGGAGCUCGGCCGCCCUCCUAGCGGCCGAGCCCGACCCGCGUGCCCGUGCCGCCCUCGACAGCUGUCGUGAGCUGGCGGGCUGGGCCGCCCGAGACCUCAAGCGCUCGUAUGCCAAGUUGGAUGAUUUCGACAUCACCACCGAAAACCUCGUCGACCUCAAGGUGUGGCUCAGUGGCGCAAUAACCAACGAGGAGACGUGCCUCGAUGAGUUCGAGGGCUUCUCGGGUGACGCGGGCGAGCGGAUGCGUGCCACCCUUGAGCCUGCCAUGGAGAUGACGAGCAACGCGUUGGCUAUGGUGGCCGAGAUCUCGACUUUUUCGUCGUCGGACGAGUUUGAUUUGGAGCCGACGAGGAGGCUCCGGGCAGCCACUUCCGCGCGGCGGAUGAGGCCGAAUGUCGUGGUGGCUAAGGAUGGAAGCGGAAAGUAUCGGACGAUCAACGAGGCCUUGAGGGACGUGCCCACGAACAACAAACGAACAUUCGUGGUUUACGUGAAGGAGGGCGUGUAUGAAGAGAAGGUUUGGAUCAAUAGUAGCUCGACGCACGUGAUGAUCGUCGGGGAUGGCCCGACUAAGUCGAGGAUCACCGGGAGGUUGAACUUCAUCGACGGCACGGGGACGUACCAGACAGCCACGGUCGCCGUGCACGCGGACAACUUCAUAGCUCGGGACAUCGGGUUCGAGAACUCGGCGGGGCCAGAAAAGCACCAAGCGGUUGCCCUACGGGUGAGCGCUGACCGAGCAAUCUUCUACAACUGCCAUAUGGACGGUUACCAAGACACGCUAUACGUGCACGCGUACCGUCAAUUCUACCGCGACUGCAUCAUCUCCGGCACCAUUGACUUCAUAUUCGGAAACGCUGCAGCCGUUUUCCAAGGCUGCACGCUGCUCGUCCGGAAGCCGCUCGACAACCAGAAGAACGUCAUAACCGCGCAGGGACGUAAGGACAUCCGUCAGCCCACGGGCCUCGUACUUCAGAACUGUACUUUCAAACCCGACCCGGAAUACUACCCGAACCGUUACAAGAUCAAGUCGUACCUCGGAAGGCCGUGGAAAGAGUACUCGAGGACCGUAAUCAUGGAGUCGUUUGUCGAUGACUUUAUCCAGCCACAAGGGUGGCUUCCAUGGAACGAUACCUUCGCACUCAAGACCCUCUUUUACACCGAGUUCAAUAACCGUGGGCCAGGCGCACACAAGGCCCAUCGGGCCAAGUGGGCUGGCAUCAAGGAGCUCUCGCCGGCCCGUAUCCAGCAGUUCACUGCAGCCAAGUUCUUGGAUGGAAACCGCUGGAUACUGACGACCCGCGUGCCUUAUGCUGCCGGCUUCAUUUUCCCCGUGCCCAAGGAGGAUCGGAACAUCAAGUACUCACCGGUACAUAAUUAG